AUGGCGACCUCCAAGUUUCCGGCGACGCUUUUCUUGAAGGCUAAGCCCCCGGUGCAAUUCCUCUGCUUCCAUUUUCCGUCCAUCUACACCGCCCUCUUCUCCCUCUCCGGUUUCCUCCUCUUCCUCGUCUUCCUCCUCCGGCACACUCAGCCGCCGCAGAUCCUCCUCCUCAGUCCCUGCACCCUCGCCGCCCCAUCCGCCGACCCAGUGCCGCCUCCUUUCUCCUCGCCUCCUCCUCCUCCGACGCACGCAGAAGAUGCGGCCAAGAAAGGAAAUACGACGACGACGACCAAGAAGCACUGCGAUCUUUUUGACGGCAGGUGGGUGCGCGACGAAGGGAACCCGAGCUACCCGCCAGGCUCCUGCCGCUUCAUCGACGUCGCCUUCGACUGCUUCAGCAACGGCCGGAAGGAUCUCAACUACACCAAGAUGCGGUGGAAGCCGAACGGGUGCACCCUGCCCAGGCUUCGUGGUAAGAAGAUGCUGAAGCUGUUGAGGGGGAAACGAUUAGCGUUCGUGGGCGAUUCCUUGAACCGCAACAUGUGGGAAUCUCUGCUCUGCAUACUGACGAACUCUCUCGACGAGCGGCAGCGGAGCCGCGUGUUCGAGGUCUCCGGCCGGAGCGAGUUCCGGUCCGACACCGCCUACGCCGUCAGAUUCGCCGAUUACAAUUGCUCGAUCGAGUUCUUCCGCGCGCCCUUCCUGGUGCGAGAAAUCUCGAGCACGGAGACGCUCCGCCUGGACUUGAUGGAGGCGGCGGCCGAGGCCUACGCCGACGCCGACGUACUGGUUUUCAACUCCGGCCACUGGUGGACCCACCCGAAGACGUCCAAAGGGGAGAACUUUUACCAGGAAGGCGACAACGUCUUCCCGAAGCUGAGCGCGGAGGAAGCUUACCGGAAGGCGUUGAAGACGUGGGCCAAUUGGGUCCGGACACGUAUACAACCCAGCCGGACACGGGUCUUCUUCCGGGGAUACUCGUGGUCUCACUUCAACGGCGGCCAGUGGAACUCCGGCGGCAACUGCGACGGGGAGACCGAGCCUAUCGUCGACGAGAAGCACCUCGCGAGGUACUUUAAGCUGACGGAGGUGCUCGAGUCCGAGAUUGCGGAGAUGAACGCGCCUAAUUUGCUCUAUCUUAACAUUACGAGGAUGACGGACUACCGGAAGGACGCGCAUCCGUCGGUGUAUCGCUCGCCGGAGGCGGCGAGGAAGCCCGGCGAGGCGCAGGACUGCAGCCACUGGUGCCUCCCUGGGGUGCCUGAUGCGUGGAACGAGCUCUUGUAUGCAAUGCUCAUGGUAGAAAUUACACGUAAAGGCGGGAAAAGCUUCUUAUUGGUAAUAACCAAAAAGAAGUUGGCUCCUUGUGCUAUUGGAGGCAGGAAUUGA